AUGUGUCGGUCGCCGCCACUCACCGGUCACACCAUUGCUGGCCAACCCGUGUCGGCGAUGGUGUUGUCCGACACUCACCUCUUGGGUCGUCUUCGCGGCCAUUGGUUUGACAAACUUCGCCGCGAAUGGCAAAUGUAUCGCUCGUUUCAGACAUCACUUGACUUGUUCUCACCACAAGUGGUGAUUGUUUUGGGCGAUGUCUUCGAUGAGGGGCAGUGGGCUUCCGACCAAGACUUUGACACAUAUGUCGAUCGCUUCUAUCACUUGUUUGGCGUCGAUUCGGACAAUACAAGAAUGAUUGUCGUUGUGGGCAAUCAUGACAUUGGCUUUCAUUACUGGACCGACAGAUAUCUGCGGCGACGGUUUGAAUACGCGUUCAACACAACAGACGUUGAUUUGAUUGAAUUGGCAAAUGGUGUCCAUUUGGUGGCAAUCAAUUCAAUAGCACUGGAAGGCGAUGAGUGCUACUUAUGUGUCGGCGCUGUACACAAGUUGACCACAAUUGGCGAACACUUAAAGUCGCGAAACAUAUCACCCAUUGUUUUAAUGCAUUUCCCAAUGUUUCGCGACAGCGAAGACAGAUGUGUUGAAUCCGAUUCUCUCUCUUCCGUUGAGCCAAAAAUUGCCAAAAAUAAAGAAAAAAUUGAUUGUCUUUCGAAAGAGUCAACAAAUCUAGUACUAGAAGUCUUGAGGCCACGACUGGUACUGACCGGACACUCGCAUUACAGUUGUGUUGUGACACACGAGUGGCGCGAACCGGACGUGAAGAGUGUGGUCGAGUGGACAGUGGCCUCAUUCAGUUGGCGCAACAACAAGAGCCCCAGCUUUCUCUUGUUAUCCCUCACAUCCGAUGACUAUUCCCUAUUCAAGUGCUUCCUUCCCAAUGAAAACCUCGUUUUUCUCAUUUACUUAAUUUCAUUGUUAGCAUUGAUUUGCUUAGAAAUGAUGCACUUUAUGCUACUGUUCAGCCGUCAGGGAAAGCUGCGGCUCCAGAAGUGGUUCGCCGCACAACCGGACAAAAGCAAGAAGAAGACCGUCAGAGAACUCGUCACUAUUAUUCUCUCCCGAAAGCCAAAGCUUUGUUCAUUCCUUGAGUGGAAAGACCUUAAAAUAGUCUACAAAAGAUAUGCGAGUCUUUACUUCUGCUGUGCUGUCGAGCAAACAGAUAACGAAUUGUUGACUUUAGAGAUAAUUCAUCGUUAUGUGGAACUGUUGGACAAAUACUUCGGAAGUGUGUGUGAAUUAGACAUAAUCUUCAACUUCGAAAAGGCGUACUUUAUUUUGGAUGAACUCCUAAUCGGUGGUGAGAUUCAGGAGACGAGCAAAAAGAAUGUCCUCAAAGCCAUAGCAGCGCAGGAUCUGCUCCAAGAGGAGGAAACCCCUCAGGGAUUCUUCGAAGACCACGGAUUGGGUUAACAACACUUGCAUUUGAUUUUUAUCCAUUAAUCAAACUCUUUGGUCAAAAUUAUUGGCAACUUUUUAUCUAAUGUUAAAUUUCGUAUUAAAUUAUCACUAAAU